CCCAACACUGUUCAUGAUUCCCGAUCUCAAUUUUUAAUGUUUAGCGAUCUCUUAGUUUUUCUUCUCACUGAUUUACUGACUUGGAUUCAUAUUAUUUCCCGACACAAUUCUCAAUUCAGUGUAGCAGUAGGAGGCUUUAUCACGAAGUGUUGCUGUUGGUUCUGGACUGUUUACAAAAGAGACAAUAAGUGUUCUAUUAUAUUUGUUGUACAAUACGUCACCAAAGCCAUGUAUGAUAAAAACUAAACAUUGUUCGGAGUUAAAAUCUGACUGCAGAGUGAGGUGAGCAAAAUAUAAGCCACCUCGGUUUCAGAACACAGCGAGAAGUCAUCAUGAUUGCUUUGGCUGGACCAGCUGGUUUUUAUGGAGCUCCAGCGACCAAGGUUCUCCUGUGUCAUGCCAUCAUCACUUACUUCUUGUUUGCCUUCCCACUGCAACAUUUCCAUCAGCUGUUCCACUACAAUCAAGAUGUCUUUGAGAAGCGUCAGUUCAAAAAGAUGCUGGUGUCGAAGCUGGUGUUCUUGGAGUUGCCAGAUUUACUCUUCUCAGCAGUACUCUUUUACAACUUCAGAAUAUUUGAACGGCGGUUUGGAACAAGAAAAUUUGUGUCUCAUCUCCUGUCUACAACUAUAAUAGCCAGCAUAUUGGAGUUACUGGUGUUUGCUGUACUCAACCGUCUUGAGAUACAGCUGGGAACCAUGCCCUCUGGCUUGUUUAGCAUGGUGUUCCCUCUGUUUGUGCCGUUCUUCUGCACCAUCCCGCGGGUGGCCAUCAUGCGGGUGGUGGGCGUGCCUGUGACAGGGAAAACCAUCAACUACAUCCUGGGUCUGCAGAUGGCCAGUGCGGAGGUGGAGAACAUGCUGGUGGUGGCCUGCGCUCUGCUGGCUGGAAUUCUGUGGAGGGCGAACUUCUUAAAGGUCCAGGCUAUGCUGCAGGUCCCAGUAUUUGUGGCUAGAGCUUUUGAGUAUUGUUUGGGUCGCUUCCUGGAGUCACCCGACCUGCAGAAGACGUCGUUACCCAUGGGGGCCACGCUGGAGCUGCAGCAGAGAGAGCGACUGGACCGCAUUGAGCAGCAGAUGAUGGCCUCAGCCAUACAGGCCAGUCGGCACAUGGACAUUGGCCGACCGCAGCCUAUUAACGUGGCUCAGGGUCCCGGCAUCUUUGGCAAUGUGGUGAGAAGAGCAGGUCAGGCACAAGCAGAGCAGCAGUCACCAGAUGACAGUGGCUCGGCCAGUAGCUCGGGAGGAGCUGUCUCAGAAGAUCAGGUUCAGCGAUUUGUGGAGAUGGGCUUCAACGACGCCCAGGUGCGGCAGGCUCUGCGGUUUGCCAACAACAAUCCCAGACUAGCCACUAAUUUUUUGCUCCAGGACAUGUAGUGACGUGGAGACAGAGCGCUACCUUCGAAUUGCAAAGUUCUCUCCGAGAUUUUUUGAUGUUUUGAGUUAUUAAGACGGUGAGGUAAGAAAUCAAAUGUCUUAUCUGCUCUAUCAAAAUCGUAUGAUUAUUCAAAGUCGUUAUCAAGAUAUUCAAAGAAUUGCAUUCGUAAAAG